AUGGUACUCUUGAGGGAAGCAGACAAAGUCUUUGAGAGCCACCUUCAGCAAUGUUGGCGCAUUACUUUAAAAGACGUAAGAGCAUUGGGGUUUGCUGUUUUUGGAGAAGAUGGUGUGGACGGAAACUUAGGUUUUAUUGACCAGCAAUUUGCUCUGCAGUUUGUCAGGGACAACAUUGGCAAUUUUGGUGGUGACUCUGAUAAGGUGACGUUGUUUGGCCAGAGUGCUGGUGCUCAAUCUGUCAGCCUUCAUCUGGUCUCCAAUUCCAGUAACCACCUCUUCCAUCGUGCCAUCAUCCAGAGUAAUCCAUUCACUCUUCCUUUUAGAAAGCACACAAGUGCUUUGUAUUUAAGUGAUUACUUAGCUCUGUAUCUAUUGUGUCCUCUUAGAGAUGUUGCCUGUAUGCGGAGUUGUACUGCAGACGAAAUCGUCAAAGCACAGAUUAAAGCGGCGUCUAAAAUACUCCCUGAUGCGUAUCAUCUGCUACAACUGUUCGAAGCAUGGGGCCCAACAGUCGGUGGAGAUCUUAUUCCAUUGUCUCCUAUGGAUGCAGUGCGACAAGGCAUGUUCCAGCACAAACCGCUAAUUGUAGGGUCUCUAACCGAAGAGGGCAGGUUAUUUGUCUAUGAAGCUUUUAGUAGUAGGGUUUCAGUUUUGGAAAGUGUGGAGUUGUUACUUGCUUUAUUUCGUCAGGAUGCAUAUAGAGUUCUACUUCGAUACGUCCCCGACCCACUAGAAGCUGACCAUCGUAAUUUACUCGCCCGAUUGUUAACUGACUAUGCAUUUACGUGUUCUACGAGGAACAUUACCAGAGAAAUGGUAAAGCAAGGUGUGCCUGUCUUAUAUUCGUACAUGUUUGAUCACGCUUUUUCUUUUAAAGAUGCAUGGGGUAAUUUUUCAUUCUGCCGAGGGCACGUCUGCCACUCGUCUGAUCUACCUUUUGUUUUCCACGAUGCUACACUUGCCGGUUAUAAAUACACCAAUUAUGAGUUAAAUCUCGCAGAUGAUAUGGUUAAGUACUGGGCAAACUUUGCUCAUUCUGGCGAUCCAAACCAACAGUUGUCGAACAAAAGUAAUUAUCUGACAAAAUGGCUACCCUAUACAUCGGCAGAUGAAUGGGCAUAUAUGCACUUUAAAACACCAUGGAGUAAAGUUGAAACAGAUUUCCAAGAGAGAAUUUGUGAUUUCUGGGAUACAAUAGGUUAUGAGUCGAUACGUUUGUGUUAAUAGUGGUCGAUGUACCAAAACUCUGUUAACGGUAUGCGGUGAUCCCACAUUAAUGUCAAUACCCAGAACUUAUUUGUCUUAUAGUCAAUACCAAUAGACACAUUGUCCCGAAACGCAGUCUGGCGAGAAUGUGAGAAGCAAUUGAAUAACAGAUUUGGCAGAAUACGAAAAAACGACGCGCAGUGUUUGGACAUUGUUUAUUUCUGCAGUUUUACUAUUAAAUUAACACAGCCAAAAAUUGCAGGGCUAAUCAUUAUUAUCAGACCAAAAUUAAUAACAAUUGUUGUGACGUCACUUUGAUGACGUGAGCAUUCACAUUGACACACCUCAAUCAUGAUACUACGUCACGAAUUUGACGCAUGUAAAAGCGUCUCCGCGCACGCCCUGCAUUAUCUGCUAUGAUGUUUUGCACAGUAUUUUCUUUUGAAGUGAGUUGUGCGUACUAUAAUUAUCAAGUGUAUUUCUCUGUGUUUGCCUGUCAUACUACAUGUUCUUUUAUAAAAUCUAUGCCUAUUUUUUUUUUUUUUUAUGUGACAAUACGUGGUCUAUAAUAACAAUCAUGGCAAACCUUCCCUAAUCUGUGGCCGUGACCAAAAUUCUACAACAAAUUGAAGACGCACGGCAAUCUUCAUAAAUUCCACCUCCCCAUACCACGCCUAUUAAAAUUUAAUGUUCCGCACCCUCAUUCAAUACAAUAUACCGGGUGGCUCUUUUUGGUAUAAACCAACUUCAAUAUGUCUGUCCCAUCUUUUCCCACUCUAAAAUGCGCCAUGCUCUUUUAUGCAUUAUCACACAUCUUCCUCCCUCUAGUUCCGUUGCCUUUUGAUCAAAAGAAUAAGACGUUAUUACAUGUGGUCACUGUUGGCAAACCGGCUCAUUUGCAUCUUUUUGCAUAGGGAUUGCAUAACCUUGCGGUACUGCAGUGUAUUGUGCACAAACAGAUGAAUUCGAUGCGACAGCAUCCAUCCAGAGGAACCCAUUAGUGACAGACAAGCAGACAUAUUUUUUUUUAAGAAAGUAAGAAAUUCGAACCACAACCUGUUUGACGGCCCGUACUGACACUUUGCCAACCCCACGUUCCACGUCUUGAGAUGUGCGCCAUCAGACUGCAUGUGGUAGAGUUUAAAUUAUUAUAAAAUUAUCACCUGGGAUGUCUAGUAUUGUGGGAUAUAUAGAUAUGAAAGUAAUAAACGAAUUAUUAAUUAAAGUUAUUAAAUAUAUAAUUUAAUUAAUUUUGUCGAUAGAUGUCUUUUUACUUGCCUAACAUUACAGUACAUCGAUAGGAUGCAAUGAUUUAUGGUAUGGCGCUUGGUUCUUAAUAGGCGGCCCAUGAAGUCAUUGAAUCUAGCCCUUGUGAAAAAAAGAGCAAAUAGAAAUAAAAUUAUAUACGGUAUUUGUUAAGGGUUUGCAUGGCGAAGUAAUAAUAUAUAUAAUGUUGUUUGUUGAGAAUGUCUCGACGUUUCGAUUGAGUUGCUUCGAUCGUCUUCAGGAGAAUAAUAUCUGCAGAGAAACGUAAUAAAAUUAAAGUCAUUUGAUAAAUGAUUGUCCCACUAUAAGUGAAAACAAAAACGCAACCCCCUAUUAAAAAAAAAAAACCAAUAUAUAUUAAUUAAACGAGAAAUGUCUGUACUUUGAGGAAA